AGUUCAUCAUGUCCUAGGGAGCCAAGAGAAAAGUUAUUUUGGUUGUUCAUAACUCCUAAGGCAGCAAUAUACACCAUAAAAUAAAGAAAAGUUUUGAUGGAAAAUCUAGCAGCAGAAAAACUUCAGAAGUUUUUUUCUUUUGAGAAACUAUGGUCUAACAGGGGUGAGGGGACAUUAGAAAGAUCAAUCCUGUGAGGAAAGUACAGAGCAUUCUUGUGGAAGAAAAAACACUGCUGCUUCAGCCAUGUGGCUUCCUUUACUGUUACUGCUGUUUGCUCUGGCCCUGGUGUACAGAUGGUACAGACAAAGUCAGAUACUAGAGAAUCUCUCAGAUAAAUAUGUGCUGAUCACAGGAUGUGACUCUGGCUUUGGGAACUUAGCAGCAAAACAGCUGGAUCGCCGUGGUCUGAAGGUGCUGGCUGCUUGUCUGACUGAGAAAGGUGCUGAGGAGCUGAAGAAAGAGACAUCCAGCAGACUGCAGACUGUGAUCCUGGAUGUUACUGACAGUGAGAGGGUGAAGUCUGCUGCAGAGUGGGUCUCUAGUAUUGUUGGAAAUGCAGGACUCUGGGGCUUAGUAAAUAAUGCUGCAUUUGGCCAUGCAUUUGCACCAAAUGAAUGGCAAAGAAAAGAGGAUUUUGCUAAAGUGCUGAAUGUGAACCUGCUUGGUUUGGUGGAUGUGACACUGAAUCUGCUGCCACUCAUCAGAAAAGCCUGUGGGCGCAUUGUUAAUGUUUCUAGUCUUGCAGGAAGACUGUCAAACAUUGGUGGAGGAUAUGCUCUUUCUAAGUAUGGAGUGGAGGCUUUCUCAGACAGCUUGAGAAGAGAGUUGCGGGACUUUGGGGUUAAAGUGUCCAUCAUAGAGCCAGGGGCUUUCAAUACUCCAUUGGCUGUCUAUGAACCUCAUUUUAAGAACUUGGAGAGGUUGUGGAACAAUCUCCCUGCUGAGAAGAAGAAAAGCUAUGGAGAGCAGUAUUACCAGCAAUAUGCCAAGGGCCUACAACAAAUACUUGGAUCUGGAAGUCCUAAAUUACACAUGGUUACUGACUGCAUGGAACACGCCCUGACUGCUGUUUAUCCAUGGACACGAUACUCCCCUGGAUGGGACUGCAAGCUAUACUAUAUUCCCCUCUCAUACUUACCUACUGCAGUAUCUGAUUAUGUGCUCUCUGCCAAUGGCCCAAAAAUAGCUUGCAAAGUAGAAUAACCUUAUUUUGUAAUAGUUGUCAAAAAUAAAGACACUAAAAAUAAAAAAAAUCAAAAAAAAAUCAACAUUUUCAAAAUAUCAACCUGUUGCACCAAAAUAAAAAACUUAACUUAAAUUAUAAUUAAUUAAUGAUUAAAUGCCAGAUUACAAGUGGAGCACUAAAUAUUGCUUUCUAGAAAGCGAUAUUUGCGCGCUCCACUUUGUAAUACCAGCACACGCUAAUGUGCACUGGUAUUACAAGUUUGGUGCAAUGUGAACGUGACUUUGCGUUCGCAUUGCAUGGAAGCAUUGCGCUCAUGAAGACGUGCUUCCAUAGGCUCCAAUGGGAGCUUCGUUCUGAUGCCUGCAGAGACGGCAUCAAAACCUCACGCAGCGAAAGGGUAAGUGGCUCAUCGAUGGGCAGCAUUUUUAAAUAUAUAUGUAUAUGAUUAUUUACAUAUAUAUUUAUGUGUUAAUAUGUGUAUGUACACAUAUUAACACAUAAAUAUAUAUGUAUGUAGUCAUAUAGAUAUAUGUUUACUGGGAACACACAGUUCCCAUAGACCGCAAUGUAAAGGCACUUUUCAGUGCCAGAUUUUUUCUAACACCCCACUUCCACCAACUUUAAAGCCCCAAAACUGCCUAGUGACAGUCUCUGGUUAAUUUUCUGAGCUCUAAUUGCUACUGUGAGGUUGCAGUAGCCAUAACCAGUCACUUGUAAGGGCUGGUUAAUUAUUGCAUUCCGUUUGCAGGAGUAAGCUCCACUUGUAAUCUAGCCCUAAAUGUAUUUUUUUAUGUUAGCUUGAGUAUCAACAGAAUGCUACACAUUUACUGAGAUACAUAUGGGGUUGAUUACCUCAAGCCAUUCUUCCCAAAAAAAAAACAGACUGUCCCUCCAAGUUGUGAGAUGUCUCCCAUAGAAAGUAUGGAGUUUAUUGUUAAGGAAGUGAAGUAAGCAGGGGGCAGGGGGGACACUUUUUAAAAAUUACAUUUUGCGGCCAAUACAAAUUAGAUGACCUGUUUUCAGGUAUUUUUGUAUACGUGUGUUUUUAUUUUAGGGUAAUACAUUUUUUAAGUAUUUUGACACAAUCUCACCAGUUUGCAAGAUAAAUCUGCAGGGAGAAAAAGUUAAAAGAGAAUAUACCAGACCUGAGAGACAACCUUCAUCUAUGCACUUGUUCAACCCACUAGCAGGAUUACAAUAAGGAAAACAGUAUACUUUGACUUGCAUUUUAUAAAUAAAAAAAUAAAAAGCAUUCUUGCACGUAAACUGUUAUUUUAUCUCAAUUUCUACUUUGUGCAUUAAAUUUGUUUGUUUUGUCUUGUGUACUUUUAAUAUGAGUUUCUCUGUACAAUAAAUAUUUUGCAGAAUAAUUUCAUUAUGAAUUUAAAUGAGAUUUAACAAUGCAAAUUUGUACAGCAAAUAUUCAAUAUUUCAUUAAUUUGUUUCAAUAAAUGCAAUUUUUAAAUUACA